GAAAGACAGAGGCCGGCGCGGUUUUCUGGCACCGGCAGGGAGAGCAGCUGUUUCCAGGCUGGAUGGAGCAGCAGCGGACUGGCGGCGAUUCAGUCUCGUUGCGACCGCCGCGUUGCGAGGACCUGUUGUCGUCGUCGUGAGAGAGACACACAAACACAGAAAGAGAGAGAGAGAGAGAGAGAGAGAGAGAGGGGAAAGAGACAGAAAAAGAAGAAAAGGGAAAGAAGAAAGGAGAGAGCCGGUUGACCGACCGACCGACCACUUCGCGCGGCAAGGGCAUUUAACCCCCGUCGUCACGUGCAUUCGUUGCGCGCUCGAGGCUUUCGACGGCGGUGCGGAGUCACGAGAGAGGAAGAGGCGCUGGAGGAUCCCGGAGGUCGAUUGAACUUUACUGGAACAGUCUUUACGGGGCAGUGUCGCUGUCGAUGAAAGUCCGGGAUCAUCGGCUGGAGCUCUCCUGCAUAUAAGAUCUCCGUCCUCCGGCGCGGCGCGGGACAAGCAAAGGAACCAACAAGGGAAUUGGGGUGCUAUUUAUGAGCUUUCGGAGAGACGAAGUUUCGAGCUCGCCCGGCUGGCUGGGGAAAUUUUCAUUUCCUCGGCCACGACUCGACAACACGUGCGCGGUGCCGCGGACGCCGAGGCGGCUGCCACGGGCAGCUCACAACCAUGGUAUGACACCCGAUUGAAGUAGCCAGGCCAUAAGCGACGACCAGCAGCGGCAGCAGUAGCAGCAGCAGCGACUUCAGCCAGCCGGACGCCAUGAGCAAGCUAUUUCAAUUCCUGGCUCUCCUCCUGCUGGGUGUCAAUGCCAGGCGGAGCGACGGAGAUCGACCUGCGGAUGACGCGUACGCCGGCCAGCGUCGCGGCGCCCUCCACAAGUCGAGUUACAACGGCAACGGCAAUAAUAAUUACAAUCAUCAGUCCAACUCACCCUAUCUGCCGUAUCAACAGCCCCGCGAGAGGAAGCCCAACAUCGUGCUGAUUCUGACGGACGAUCAGGAUGUCGAGCUCGGUUCGCUGAACUUCAUGCCACGGACCCUGAGGCGAAUAAGGGACGAGGGCGCCGAGCUGAGGCACGCAUACGUGACCACUCCCAUGUGUUGCCCAAGUAGGAGCUCCUUGCUGACCGGUCGUUACGUUCACAAUCACGAGGUCUUCACGAACAACGACAACUGCAGCAGUCCCCAGUGGCAACGAGAUCACGAGCCACACUCUUUCGCUGCUUACCUGAGCAACGCGGGAUACCGGACAGGAUACUUCGGCAAGUAUUUAAACAAGUACAACGGCUCGUACAUACCGCCGGGAUGGCGGGAGUGGGGCGGCCUUAUAAUGAACUCGCGCUACUACAACUACAGCGUCAACAUGAACGGCAAGAAGAUAAAGCACGGCUUCGAGUACAGCCGGGACUAUUAUCCGGACCUGAUAGCCAACGACAGCGUGGCUUUCCUCAGACAGAGCAAACACAAUUUCGCCCGGAAGCCGGUAAUGCUCGUCGCGAGCUUCCCGGCGCCGCACGGCCCGGAGGACUCGGCGCCGCAGUACUCGCAUCUCUUCUUCAACGUCACCACUCAUCACACGCCGGCGUACGAUUACGCGCCGAAUCCCGACAAGCAGUGGAUACUUCAGGUGACGCAGAAGAUGCAGCCCAUUCACAAGCAGUUCACGGAUCUCUUAAUGACGAAACGGCUUCAAACUCUGCAGAGCGUCGACGCUGCAGUAGACAGAAUUUAUCAAGAACUGAAGGACCUGGGCGAACUGGAUAACACGUACAUUAUUUACACGUCCGACCACGGAUACCACCUCGGACAAUUCGGGCUCAUCAAAGGCAAGAGCUUCCCGUUCGAGUUCGACGUGAGGGUGCCGUUUUUAAUCAGAGGCCCCGGCAUCGAGGCUGGAUCCGUAGUAGACGACAUAGUUCUGAACAUCGACCUGGCGCCGACGUUCCUCGACAUCGCCGGCGUGGAGACGCCGCCGCAGAUGGACGGUCGCUCCUUCAAGAAACUCUUCCUCAAUAGCAAGCACGGCAGAAGGUCAAAGUUCAAGUGGCCAGACACGUUCCUCAUCGAGUCCUCCGGCCGCCGUGAGACCCCGGAAUCCAUCGCCGAAUCGAAGGCGCGGGAGGCCAGGAGGCAAAACGCCACGCAGAGCAAACAGUUGGCAAGCUCGACGCCCGAGGAGGAAGACGACAACGUCGCCGAGCCGGACGUCGAUGUCGAAGCGGAGCAUCGCUUCACGGACAACGACACCGGCAGCGACCAGGAUAUCUCGGAGGACGAGGACUUUGAGGACUCGAUAAUCGACGAAACAAAUACGGACUCGCACCUCGACAACAGGGUGCACACACCCCUGUCGACGAAGCACGAGCGGCUCGCGGCCGAGUGCUCGCGGCCGGAGGUGCAGACCGAUUGUCUGCCCGGGCAAAAGUGGCGCUGCGAGUGGGACGGCCACCGCUGGCGACGGCACAAAUGCAGGUACGCGGCACCCCCGCCGCCGCCGCCGCCGCCGCAGAGGGAGUCGAGGAAGUGCGCCUGCUUCACGCCGACCGGCGUGGUCUACACGCGGCUGGAGUCCAACAGUUACGACGGCCAGAGAUACGGCUUCCCGCGGGAGCGCAGACCGGCCGAUCCCUACGGCGACGUGCCGCGGUACCUCGCCAAACGAGGCAAGCGAGAAGCGGCCAACGCUAGCGUGCUGGAUCGGGAGCCCGACGAGGAGCUCGAGGUCGACCUGCAGCUGGAGCACGGGCGCGACAGGCGCGCGAUCGACGAGGAGGACGACGAGGACUUCAUACAGGAGUUGGAGCUGCUGGUGAGGAGACGACAUGCGAGCGCGCGAGACAGGAACACGCGCGGCAAUGCGACGGGAUUCGACGACGACCACGACGUCGGCUGGGACGACAUGCUCGACGUCGUCGAGCAGCGGGCUGCUGGCUACUACUCGCUCGACGACUUCGACCUCGCGCUAGACAAGGUCGUGAAGGGUCGGUUGAACGUGGACGACGUGAUCAAGAGGCACCGAAGGGUACGGAGGAGCGCCACAAAGAAGGACACCAUCGAGCACGUGACGAAGAUCAUGGAGAGCAUAGAGGAGGAGUUGGACGACCUGAAGCAAACUCAAGCCCGCCACUCGUCCGACGUGACGAAGACACCGAAAUGCCUGGUCUUGCCGGAGGGCGGCGUCAAUUGCACCGAGGCCGUCUAUCACGACCCCAACGAGUGGCGGAUAUCCAGGCGGGAGAUCGAGCAGCAGAUACGGAAGAUGCGCGAGCAACUGGAGACGUUGAAGGAGAUUCGCCGGCACCUGAUGAAGAAGCGGCCGCAGUUCGUCGCGGACAAUGAGGAGAAGCUCUCCGACGCGGAGGAGACUCGCGGCUCACACAGACCGUACCACCACUCCCCGAAGGGUCACACUAGCCGUCACCAUAAGAAAUACGACAAGCCCAUCCAUACGAGCGCAUCUACGGAGCCCACUGCGACGGAUACGAGUGCGAGCAGCGCACAGGUUGACGAGAAGCCCGCGUCGACGGCGAAGGAGAGGCUCGAGAAACACAGCACGACAAACGCCGCCGAGAGCGGGUCUUGGCCCGGGACCAAUGGUGUGACCGAGACGCCGAGCAACUCGGCGACGGCGACGGCGAGAUCGAAGAAACCGCCGCGUCGGCAGAAGCCGAAGGAGACGGCGACGAACCGCACGGAGGCCGAGGAGGACAAGCCGCAGCGACGCAGGAAGACGCAUCAUCAUCGGCGGAACAACACGCUGCUGACCAACAGCGUGCACGACGACGUGGGGCCGCGCGCGACGCAGCUCAAUGUCACCGUCGCCGACAACACCAUCGCGACAUCGUCCACGCAGGACGCCGCGACUCGCGACUACUCCGGUGAACGCGACUUCACCACUGUGCCCGGCACGCCGACGACGACCUCGCGGGCGACCACCGUGCGUUCACAAGCGGUCGCUGACGUGGCCCGAGGCAGCAAUGAUCUCCAGUACGAGGAUCGCACCGGGGAAGCGACGGCCACCACCGAGCAACCGACGAGCAACGCGACCACCACCUCGUCGCAGACGACGGAUGACCAGAGGACCAGCAACCCGGUCGGAAAAUCGACCGCCAGUACUGAUCGAUCGCGAAGCACGCCCAUCGCCACGGUAUCGGUCACGGCGCCGACGACCACGCAGCCGUUGAGGAAGUACACCAGGCUGCAGAAGAACAGGACCUCCGGGAUCCUUGCGCCCGCCAGGAUAGACGUGACGAUUCUCGAGGCGCCCGGCAGGAGGCACAAGCAAGCAGGUGCAAACGCGAACGGUAACAGCGGCCGGCAAUCUGCGGUGCAGAACGGCCCGUUGGAGCCGCGAUACAAGUGCUACUGCGAGCCCGACACGAAGAGAGACGAGAAGGAGAUCGCGAGGGAGGAGAGACGGAGGCUGAAGGAGGAGCGUUUGAAGAAGAAAGAGCGAAAGCUCCGGAAGAAGGCCAAGCUGGAGAAGGAAUGCCUGACGGAGAAGAUGAACUGCUUCGAGCACGACAACGAUCACUGGCGCACCGCGCCGCUGUGGAGCGCCGGGCCGUUCUGUUUCUGCAUGAACGCGAAUAACAACACGUAUUCGUGCAUACGCACGAUCAAUGUGACGCACAAUUUCCUGUACUGCGAGUUCACCACGGGACUUGUGACGUUUUAUAACCUGAGGAUCGAUCCAUUCGAGCAAUGGAACAGAGUGUCGUCCCUGACGCUUACCGAGAGAUCCUACCUGCACGAUCAAUUGGAGCACUUGAAGGGAUGCAAAGGUACGAGAGACUGCACGGUCGGCAGCGCAAGGGAAGCGAUGCCGCAGCUCCACCAGCAUCAACGAAUCACGAAGCGAAAGUACAGCGACUCGUUUGCGGAUGAUAUAUUUAUACCUUCGACGUUACAAAUUAUGCGCGAAGACGGACUUGCCAGCGCAGCCGGCAAGAAGCGAAAGAAGCUGCCAAACGUUUGGAACAGGCGCAGCAGAAGCUGGCAGAGUAAUUGGCGACAUCAUCAAGAGUCGACAAAUUUUCGACACAGACACCCAUACUGAUCGACAUCAUACAUCUCUCUUUCUUUUUCUAUACGCUUCAACGAUCGCGUGACAAAUUGCUCUAGGUAUAUAUACGUUGAUUUCACAAUGCAUUUAGUAGUGUCUAAUUUAUUUACUAAUAAAUAACGACGUGACCACGGUGAUAUUUAAAUCAACGACAUUUUCGAUUCCAUUAGAUCUUCAUCGUCCUCAUCGUGUGUCGUGUGUGUUCUCGAUAUAUUUUGUAGCGGUCGUGUCGGGCGUACAAACCGCGAGAGACACUAUGUGUUUCGCACGCACUAUGUGGGACACGUUUGAAUUUAUAGACACGCGAAAUAAUAAAUUUCACACGAGUUUGAGAUUGCGAAUAAUCCAUUUUUAGCAGAGAAUAUAGGCAGACGUAGAUAGGCACGUGAGAUUUUAAUUCGUGUUUUUACGUUAAUUUAUUUACCUUUUGGAGACGCGAAAUAUUUAACGGAGAAUUGCAAACAACUUCUCCGGUCGCGGUUAGUUUUUGGGAGAUUUUUUUACUUCGACUAAAUCGACGCGAAGACUAAUGUCAAUAAACAAUCACUCUUCCGCUGAAAAAAAACUUUCUUAUUAAAUUACUGAAAUCAGCUGUGUAAUAGAAGACUGCGAACGCACAACGAAAACGGAAAAGAAAUUGAUCUUCCCCCAAUUGAAAUAUUCCCGUGAUUAUUUGUACAACAAUCGGAAAGUAACGUUUACCAAAUGCUGCCAUUUUAUUUAGCCCUCGUAUUGCCUUCGCGCAAUAAAAAAAAAUAUGGUUGCUCUUAUAACGCACUGCCAAAAAGAAUUUACCUUGAUAUUCAUUGUACAACUUGAUAUUGAUUCUAGAGCGAAGAGACGGAUGAUCCGAGCAUUAGUUAAAUUUUUGAGAUCAUCCAAAGAUAUUGUAAAUAUUAUUGUAAUAACAUUCUCAUUUUUGGAUCUUUAUCUUGGUUUUAUUUUUAAUGCGCGUACGAUACAUGUAAAUUCAUAUUUCUUUAAUAAAUACACAGCUGUUUUAGUAGAAAAAUAACAAUUAGGAAUGUACAAUAAUACGUUGAGGAAAGUAGGAUGCUGUUGGUGUAUAUUAAAAUAAUUACUUAUAAAGAAAAAGAACAAUUGUAGGCACUUAUAUUGAAAGAAAUAUAAACAUAUUCAACCCUUAUAUUGCUGCUUCAGAAGCAUGGUUUUAAUAGGAAUGGUUUUGUCAACUAUUUGUAUUUCCAUGCGCUCUGCAGGUAUGCAACGGUUUAUGAAUUUAGUUUUAUGUCGAGGACAUAGCCGUAAUGCUGUGUAAGCGUAUAAGCUUUCAUAUAGCAGCAAUAAUUA